AUGGCUGAAGACAAGAGGGAUGCCGCCGGUAGUGGCGUUGUUCGGUCGUGGAUGGGAACCGCUGACUGGGUGGCGGUCGUCUGCGGCUUUUGCUUCCUGGUGUGGUUCCUGAUCGCCCGUCGCAAGGGCAAAUCGACCACCGUUGACUUGUCGCUGAACGACCUGAAACCGGUCACGUCGCAUCUGACCGCUUUCGACUCCGCACAGGACACAGAAGGGUUCGUUGCCCGAAUGAAGGCUUCGGUGAGUGCUUCUUUUGGCCAUGUUUGA